AUGGCUGAAACAUUGCCGCUUGAAAUUCUUCGGAACAUAUUCGACUACGUGGAUGUUAACCUCGCACCAUAUGCCUGUGUCUGCCGGCAAUGGCAGGUCGCCGUUGAGCAAUUCCUCUUCGCCAGUCUGCUUAUCGAUUCGGCAGACCUUGAGGACUUCCGUCAGAUUGUUCUUUCCUCCCAUUCCGCCAGUCGGUGUUUUCAUAUGAGGCGUCUCUAUUUCAAGGUUAUUCUCCCAGAAUAUAGUGUUGCCGCCCGGGGCCACUAUGAAAACCGAAAUGACCGCGAUGGCAACAGCAAGGUCUUCACACAGGCCAUAACAUCUCUCUUUGAAAUUUUGAGCUCAUGGCCUGAUGUCCAUCGCCACCAGCUCUCACUGGAGAUUUGCGCUGAGUCUCCUAGUGAUUGGGAUGCGGAGACAAGCUUUGAUGCACAAUGUACCCGUCUAGAAGAACACUACGCUUACCCAAGGCAGGAGCUGCUACACCGGAGAUACGAACGUUCUUAUCUGCAGCUGACGGAGAUAACACUACCCAACGUCGAGUGUGUUACCUCAUUGGACAUAUUGGGCUAUGGCCAAUACCGCAAUAUUUUAACAGGAUCUGUAUCUGAGAUGGUGGCUCGUCUUCCACGACUGGAUACUAUCAAUGCUGAGCUCCGCGACAGUGGGAGAAGAGGUGCCGCAGCAUCUGAUAAUCUUGAUGAUUCCCAUAGUGCUACUUGGCCUUCGUCCCUGCGGCAUCUACGACUGAAGUAUGAGGCAAGCCAACGCUACGGCAUGAACUUCCCCCCACCAGCAAAUCCACACCUAUGCCUUGCUUUACACCGAUUGACUCAGCAGUUAAAAACUGUUGAAUUGUCACAAAUCAUGAUCGAUCCUGAAUUAUUCUGGCCCGCCAAUGCCAACGACACCACUCCAUCCUGGCCAAAUCUUAUCAAAAUUGACAUAAGCUACAAACGUGCACGUAAUAUGCGUUAUGGUCGCCUCCAAACCUUUGCAGGCGAACAACACCUUUCGUCCGGUAGACCGUCGAGCAAACAGCUGGAUGAGUUAUAUCUCGCUGCUGGACGCGCUGCACAAUACAUGCCUCGGCUUAAUUCCAUGAAUCUUGAUAUUAGCAUAUCCAAUUCGUCGGGAAGUCAGCAUUAUUUCAAAUACGAUGCAACUUCGGGCACAGCAACAUGGAGGCGCUCCUCGGAUUACCGCCCGCCGAAUGAAGUCCAAGAAGCAUGGGAUAUCGCGGCAAGGGGUCAUGGACAUGCUCAGAUGUAUGCUGACUUUCGUUCUACAGAGGAUUCUGCUAGUGCGUAA